CUACGUGUUUCGGGGGCGUUUCCGUCCGCAGGCUGCAGGUUGGCCCAUUGAUUGGAACAAUCAUCUCAGUCGCAUCUCCACCUCCAUGCUUUACGCCGGAGACCGAUAAUGAGGCCAAACAGUCAAGCACUCAAACACGGAUCCUCACAUGACACAGAGAGGGAAUUUGGAGGAGCCCUGGGUGCUUUAUGCAUCCCCGUCUCUCUCCCGCUGACGGUGCUGUUCCUGAUCGGUGUGAGUCGGUCCCCUGAGGCCAGUGUGUUCCAGUGGCCCCCCCCCCUUCCCUCCACUGACCAGCUAUGGGACCCUCUGGCCCUCGUGCUUCUGCUGGGCUGGAUCGCACUGCACGCCCUCCUCUACGUGAUGCCAUUAGGAAAGGUGUCUGAAGGAUUAGUGCUGAGGGAUGGAACGCGCCUCAAGUAUCCCAUAAACGGUUUUCAUGGCCUGUGCGUCAGCUGUGUGCUGCUGCUGCUGUUGCUGGUGCUCGGGGCUCCUCUGGGGUCUCUGUUUGAGCUGCUGGUGCCUCUGGCAGCGUGUGCAAUAGCAGCGUCGUUCCUGUUCUCCGUCUACCUCUACACCCGCUCCUUUUGGGUGCCGUCUCAUGCUCUCGCCUUGGGGGGCAACACAGGAAACCCCCUUUAUGACUUCUUCAUCGGACGGGAGCUAAACCCUCGGAUUGGAAACUUUGACCUUAAAUAUUUCUGUGAGCUCAGACCGGGUCUGAUUGGCUGGAUGGUCAUAAACCUCGGCAUGUUGAUGAAGGAGGUGGAGCUCCGCGGCUCCCCGUCACUCGCCAUGAUGCUGGUCAACAGUUUCCAGCUGCUGUACGUGGCGGACGCUCUGUGGAAUGAGGAGGCCGUUCUGACAACCAUGGACAUUGUGCAUGAUGGUUUUGGCUUCAUGCUGGUCUUCGGGGACCUGGCCUGGGUUCCCUUCACAUACGGCCUGCAGGCCUCCUUCCUGGUCGUGCACCCACAGGCCCUCAGUCCACUCGGAGCAGCGACUAUAAUAGCGCUGAACGGUAUUGGAUAUUAUAUUUUCAGAAAGUCCAACUCGCAGAAGAACCAGUUCAGACGAGACCCGACACAUUCAAGUGUUGCAAGGCUGGAGACCAUCGCCACAGCAACGGGGAAACGUCUGCUGGUGUCUGGCUGGUGGGGGAUCGUUCGUCAUCCCAAUUACCUCGGUGACCUUCUCAUGGCCCUGGCGUGGUCCCUGCCAUGCGGCUUCUCACACCUUCUGCCUUACUUCUAUGUCGUGUACUUCACCGUGCUGCUGAUUCACCGAGAGGCCCGCGAUGAGAGACAAUGUCGGGCCAAAUACGGACUGGCUUGGGACUCCUACUGUCGACGUGUGCCCUACAGGAUCUUCCCUUAUGUCUACUGAACGGGACCAAAAGCUGUCCAACACAAACUUAGCAAUCACUUGAAAUGGAAAUCCAUCUUCAGUUCCACAGAACAUUAUCCAGUGCUGCUCCUGGUAUCUGCAGGGAUCUCAUAAUUCCAAUCAGCCUUGUUUGGUGAGGCUGUGUGGUUCAAUCACAAAAUGAUGUUCAAUGCAUCGCUGUUUCCAGUUCGUUGAUUUCUUUCGUAUUACUUUAAAACCUCAGAGGAAUCUGAUACGAGCGUAUCAGUCUGCAUCAUUCCAGUAUAAAAGGCUAAAGCUGUAGUACAUCUGAACAUCUGUUAUGGCCUUGUGAGUCUUUUCUCUUAAAAAAUGUUCUUCUCUUAUUUUAAUGAGAAAAUGUAAUCCCAGAAAAAUAAAACGCAUUUUCACCAGUGCCUAUUUUAUUAAAAAGACUGUGUGUGUUGUUUUUUUUUUUGUUUUUUUUUACAAUAUCUCCUUUUUUUGUGUAUCGGUGAAAUACAUUAG